CCCCGCGCCGGCCGCGCAGGCGCACUGUGGACCGCCGCAAUGGCGCUGCCGUGCACUCUGAACAGGUAUCUGCUGCUCAUGGCUCAGGAGCACCUGGAGUUCCGCCUGCCGGAAAUAAAAUCGUUGCUUUCACUUUUUGGAGGUCAGUUCACCAGCAGUCAGGAUACUUAUGGCAAGUCUCCAUUUUGGAUUCUAAGCAUUCCUUCUGAAGAUAUUGCAAGAAACUUAAUGAAACGGACAGUAUGUGCCAAGUCUAUAUUUGAACUGUGGGGUCAUGGAAAGUCUCCCGAGGAGCUGUACAGUUCUCUUAAAAAUUACCCCGUGGAGAAGAUGGUUCCAUUUCUACAUUCAGAAUCUACUUAUAAAAUAAAGAUUCACACAUUCAAUAAAACACUGACACAAGAAGAAAAAGUCAAACGAAUAGAUGCACUUGAAUUUCUGCCAUUUGAAGGAAAAGUGAAUUUAAAGAAGCCACAACAUAUAUUCUCUAUUUUGGAAGAUUAUGGUUUGGACCCAAAUUGUAUCCCUGAGAAUCCACAUAAUAUUUAUUUUGGUAGAUGGAUUGCAGAUGGACAGAGAGAGCUUAUUGAGUCAUACAGUGUCAAAAGGAGACAUUUUAUUGGAAAUACAAGCAUGGAUGCUGGUUUAUCGUUCAUCAUGGCCAACCAUGGAAAAGUGAAAGAAAAUGAUAUUGUGUUUGAUCCAUUUGUUGGAACAG